AUGCCUCAUUGUAGGAACAUAACUUAUUACGUCUCGCAGGGAUGGGCAAUCCGUCGUAUGGUUGACCUUUAUACUCCCAUAGAGGAUCUUAUUGCCGAAAACGACCGGCGUUGUGAAGAAGAAAACGACAGAGACACCACUCCGGAACAAGACCGCCUUCAACGUGGCUAUAUCGAACUCGCUAAGGCACUAUCUUGGGUUCACGAGAAGCUGGCAGGUUUCGAUCAUGAAGAAACAGAAGACAUGCUAAGAAAGCUCAAGCGAGGUGCGGACUCAGCUCGUGGCGAUGACACAGGAACUCUCAAAGACCUCGUUGCAUCGUGGGUGAAUAUGGAGUGUUGUCCGACUCCGCUCAUCAGGACCGAUGACAAGCACCACCGAGGUUUUACGAGUGAUGCUUGCGGUAAACUGCUCUGCCCAGCAGAAUGGCGCUGGGAGGACCCAAUCGUUAAGGCUGGCAUUCGUGACCGUACGACCGCUUAUAUCGUUUCCGAGAAUUCAUGGCCGUCAUUCGUGUAUGAAAAUUAUGAAGCUGACACCGAGAAUUUAGAACGCGGUCUUUUCAAGUCGAGGCUGCUGGUUAUGGGAUUAAAGGCCAUCUUUACAUCUCCCUCAUCCGCCAAUGAAGUGGAUGGUGAGGGUGAGGGUGCCGACAUUAUCGAGAACAACCGGCGCGCGCGAAGACGAUCUGAUCAGGCUAAAGUGAAGACUUGUAUUCACUUUGCACUUUCCAACCUCACCUCCUGGCGCACAGUGGACGGAGACUUCGACUAUCAUAUUUUCUGGAACAAUAUCGUAGAUUUCUUUGAAGACGCCCCGGGUCCAGCUGCGCGAGCCCGGGUGAACAAACUUCUCGAGUGGUGGACCAGAAAAGUUUUCGGACGAAACCAUCGGCAGGACUUGACGCCGGACGUUAUAUCUCUCAUGUCCGUCAAUACUCUCGCUACCCAGAGACAGCAGAUGGAGGACGCCGAAUUAGAUUCUGACUGA